AUGGCGGCACCAAAGAUAAUCGUGCUGGGCAGCCUCAACGGCAACCUCGAGUCCGCCUUCAAGAAGCUCUCCGCCCUGCACGCCAAGAACUCGUUUACGCUCGCCCUCCUCACCGGCGACGUCUUUGGCCCCAGCACCCCCGACUCUGUCCUCGACGCCCUGCUGUCCGGGUCCUUACCCGUUCCGCUGCCAACCUAUUUUUCCGUCGGCGCCGCGCACCCGCUCCCCGCGCGCAUCGUCGCCAAACUUCGCGCCGACGAGGACGUGUGCCCGAACCUGCACUUUCUCGGCCGGCGCAGCGUCACCAAGACGUCUGACGGCCUGCGCAUCGUGAGCCUCGGCGGCGCGCUGGUCGACUCUUUGCCACCCAACGACGACAACGGCAACGAAGACGGAGCGGCGGGUAACAACAGCAAGGAGCAGCACGUGGCAUUUCACACACAAGACGAUGCCAGGAGCCUCAAGGGCGCCAAUGGCGCGGAUAUUCUGCUCACGUCGACCUGGCCGGCGGACAUUUGGAAGUACUCCAAGGUGCCGCUCGACGACGCGCACAAGAGCCAGGUGGCGGCGGCGACGGCGAGCCGGUGCGUCGCGGAGCUGUGCGCGGCGCUGCGGCCCCGGUACCACUUGACCGCGUCGCCGGGCGCCUUUUUCUACGAGCGCGAGCCGUUUAUCCAGGCUGCCGCCGCCGCCGCCGCUGGCGAUGCAAACUCGGACGACGUCUCCGUCACGCGAUUCAUCUCUCUCGCGCCGUACGGCAACGCAGCCAAGCAAAAGGCGCUGUACGCCUUUACGCUCAACAAGGCUGUUGACGACGCGGUGCCGCCCGGAGCGACGGCCUCGCCGCUCCUCUCUGCUUCGCGAGACAAGAAACGCCUGCGCAACGACGUCGACGAUGGCGACGCCUCAUCCUACAACCGCUACGGCCAGCACCACGACGGGAGACGUCAGAAACGUCACCGCCACCACCAGCAACUGCCACCUCCCGGCCCGGACCAGUGCUUCUUCUGCCUGUCCAACCCCAACACCGCCACGCACAUGCACGCCCUCACCUUUCCCGGCCACCUCCUCAUCAUCCCUCUCCCACACACCCCUACCCUCUCUUCUUCCUCCUCCUCCUCCUCCCUCGCCUCUGCACGCCACGAAAUGACACGUUUCCGCCUCUCCCUCCAAUCCAUGCUCUCGCGACGCUUCUCCCUCGGCGCCAUCACCUGGGAAAUCAGCCGCGCCCGCAACGUCCACCUCGUCUGGCAGCUCGUCGCCCUCCCCGCCGCUCUCGUCACCCGCGGCCUCGCCGAGGCCGCCCUCCGCGUCGAGGCCGACGCCCACAACUACCCGGCCUUCAUCACCAAGGCGAGCACCUCGAAGGAGGACGAGGACGAGGCCGGCGACUUUGUGCGGGUGUGGCUGUGGGCGGAAAGCGACGAUGACGAUGCGGUGCACAGCAAGACGCUCGUCAUGCCGCUCGAGGCCGAGGCGCGGUUCGACUUGCAGUUUGUGAGGCGCGCCGUGGGCAAGCUGCUCGGGCUCGAGGCGCGCCGCGUGCGUUGGCAGGACUGCGCGCAGACCGAGGAGGAGGAGACCAAAGACGCCGAGGCGUUUCGGGAGGCAUUUAAGGAAUGGGAUUUCACCUUGGAGUAG